CAGCCGCUGAACAGCCCGAUCCACUGCCUCAUUAGAAAUCCUCCCCGCCGUUCCCCGCUGCGCCUCGCCCACCCCUCAGGCUCUCCCUGUCCCUGUUGCAGUGAGGCGCAGAAGAAGAGCACGGCCGCUCCCUGCCUCAUAGCAGSUCSACAGGGCAUGUUAUCUUCCCUUUGWGGUCAGGCGCGCCUCGGGCAACUCAGGGCYGGCGAAGGCCCCCGUGCGGCGGGCGCCGCUGACGUGUCGGAGGGAGCGGCGGCGGCCCCGGCAGCACCAUGUCGAAAGUCACCUUUAAAGUGACGCUCACCUCGGACCCCCGAUUGCCUUACAAAGUGUUAAGUGUGCCUGAGAGCACACCUUUCACAGCUGUCCUCAAGUUUGCUGCAGAAGAAUUCAAAGUUCCUGCAGCGACAAGUGCUAUUAUAACAAAUGAUGGUAUAGGAAUAAACCCUGCACAGACAGCAGGAAAUGUAUUUCUAAAGCAUGGUUCAGAUCUACGGCUCAUUCCCAGAGAUCGAGUUGGGACCUCAUAAAAUCUCCUGCAAGCUGAGGAAUAAGKGACAUUGCUGUGCAGCAGAGGCCUAUUUAUUUUGGAACUCCARAAUGCAACUAAGGAAUUGGACUUUUUUACAAAAGUGACUUGCCAGGAUUUGAUUUUUUUUUUUUUAAACAGAUAAAGUUUAAUUUUUCUGUUAAAAUACAUUAACUCUUGCACUGAUUCUUCCCUGACCWGUAGAAGAAUGGACUAUUUGCAUGUUGUAUUUCUGUAAGAAAGACAGACUUCUCUACAAGUGAUACUGAACCGCAAGGGUAUCACAGCCACCAUCAAUUGAUAUUUAAAUUACUGGAUAUACUACUUUGUGAAAGGGAGAAUUGUGUUAUGAUUUUGUUACAAAGAAAUUAUCUCUACUGUGUGCUAAAAGUU